GGGUGGUUAGUUACCGGUUAAAACGCCCGAGUCAUGGUUCCCGUCUUUCUCCAAUUCUGCUACGCGACCGGGGAAGGAAGGAGGAUCCACUGGUGUUAGCCUCGGAUCCGGAACGCGGAGUUCGUGCGGCGCUCGGAUCGAUCGCUCGAAGGGUGAGGGCGUGAGGCAGCGACCAGUUUUGGGAUCGGCGAUGGGGAAAGCGGCGGUGGCGGGGACGGCGGCGGCGGUGUGCGCCGCGGUGGGGGUGGCGGUGGUGCUGGCGCGCCGGCGCCGGCGGAGGGAGUCCGAGCUGGUGGGGUCCGCGCAGGCGGAGCGGAAGAGGAGGGCGGCCGCGGUGAUUGAGGAUGUGGAGCGCAGCCUGGCCACGCCCACGGCGCUGCUGCGGAGCAUCGCCGACGCCAUGGUGGCCGAGAUGGAGCGCGGGCUGCGCGGGGACAUCCACGCGCAGCUCAAGAUGCUUAUCAGCUACGUGGACAACCUCCCCACCGGAGAUGAACAUGGGCUGUUCUAUGCACUGGAUCUUGGAGGGACCAACUUCCGUGUGCUGCGAGUCCAACUUGGAGGAAGGGAGAAACGUGUUGUCAAACAACAGUACGAGGAAGUUUCCAUUCCACCACAUCUGAUGGUUGGGACUUCCAUGGAACUGUUUGAUUUCAUUGCUGCUGCACUGGCUAAAUUUGUGCAUACUGAAGGUGAAGACUUCCACCUCCCAGAGGGUAGGCAGAGAGAGCUUGGUUUCACCUUUUCCUUCCCAGUGCACCAAACAUCAAUAUCAUCAGGAACACUCAUCAAGUGGACAAAGGGCUUUUCCAUCAACGGAACGGUUGGUGAAGAUGUUGUGUCUGAGUUGAGCAGGGCCAUGGAAAGGCAGGGGCUAGAUAUGAAAGUUACGGCAUUGGUUAAUGACACAGUCGGCACAUUGGCUGGUGGGAGAUAUAUGGAUAAUGAUGUAGUUGCAGCCGUAAUAUUGGGCACUGGUACAAAUGCAGCGUAUGUGGAGCAUGCUAAUGCAAUUCCUAAAUGGAAUGGGCUACUGCCUAAAUCUGGAAACAUGGUAAUCAAUACGGAAUGGGGGAGCUUCAAAUCCGACAAGCUUCCUCUUUCAGAUUAUGAUAAAGCCAUGGACUUUGAAAGUUUGAACCCUGGGGAACAGAUAUAUGAAAAAAUGAUUUCUGGGAUGUAUCUUGGAGAGAUUGUGCGAAGAAUUUUACUGAAGCUUGCUCACGACGCUUCUUUGUUUGGGGAUGUUGUCCCACCUAAGCUGGAGCAGCCAUUCGUACUGAGGACGCCAGAUAUGUCAGCCAUGCAUCAUGACUCCUCACAUGACCUCAAGAUUCUUGGAGCUAAGCUGAAGGAUAUCGUGGGGGUCUCAGAUACUUCCCUGGAAGUAAGAUACAUUACUCGUCACAUCUGCGACAUUGUUGCAGAGCGUGGGGCACGCUUGGCUGCUGCUGGUAUAUAUAGCAUCCUGAAGAAGAUAGGCCGGGACAAAGUACCAAGUGAUGGCACUAAAAUGCCAAGAACUGCCAUCGCUUUGGAUGGUGGGCUCUAUGAGCAUUACAAGAAGUUCAGCAGUUGCCUAGAAGCAACUCUUACUGACCUGCUCGGUGAAGAGGCCUCGUCUUCUGUGGUUGCCAAGCUGGCCAACGAUGGCUCUGGCAUUGGAGCUGCACUUCUUGCAGCUUCACACUCGCAGUAUGCCGAGGUCGACUAGUCCUGACAAUGAGCAUGUAUCAAGAUCCGAGUGUAGCUUCUCAUUUUUCCCUUCAACGUUCCCUGUGUUCUGGGCUCCGCUCAGGGAAUUUUUAUCUUCCUUUCUCGGCUAUUCUGCAGACGCACUCCAGUUCUCUGCAGCGGGGUAUAGCUAGUAAAGCACCAAUGAGUUUGGAGGUUAUCUAAUGGCAUAAGUGCUCCGAUGGCAGGAGCAUGGAAAUGGAGGUUUGAACAAUGCCAUUCAUGUUCUGCCCAUUCUUUUCCCCCUUGUAUGGUGUUGUAAACCAAGCAAAUCUUUAACCUUUUUGUAUUCGCAAUAAAGAGGACAUGAUCGAAUUUAACUAAA